UGUGUAAGGUUGAAUCGCGUCGUGGUGUUUUUCAUCUUUAGCAGUUUUGGUUGUCUUUUUUUUUUGUUUUCCCUUUGCCAAACGACCGAGACACACCAGCUAAACGCCAUUCGCGUUAGAUCUAAGGAGAAAGCGACGUACAUAAUAGGUGUUUUCAAGCAAUUCGUUCUACAGGAAGGAGAUUAACGCUCAAAGUUGAUUUCAGUCUCCCUUUGAGUAUUCUCUUCUACGGAUCGAGGUCAGGAGGCAAGAACCAUGAUGAUCCAAAAUUGGUGUUGAUCCACGAAUAUUCAUUGUGGGAACAAGAACAGAGUGAAUCAAAUGGACAAGAAAAAGAAUCGUAGCGAUCCACUUGCUGCUGGGCGUCAGAAGCUUCAACAAUUUCGUCAAAAGAAGGCUGACAAAGGCACUGAUCAGAAAAAGGACUCCAAAGGCAGUACAAGCCAAGGAAAAUCCUCUAAAAAAUCUGGUAAAUCUGAGAAGCAUGAGCGUAAACCUGACACAAGUGCUGUUAGUGAUGAGGCAGAAGCUCCGUCCCAUGUGGCUGCAGGAGGAGCUACAUCUCAUGUAAAUGUUGGCGAGGAGGUUGUUGAUUCUCCACAAACUUCUGCAAAUGCAGAAGCUCACGAAGAUGUUUCAGUCCAUGGUUCAGCAUCAGAACCUGAUCCGCCUCAGCCAGUAAAUACUACGUCUGAUGAUGGAUCUGAAGUGAGAAAAGAAGUAGUUAAUUCUGAAAAUGAUAUCAGUAUAUCAUUAUCCACGGAAGAAGAGAAUAUGAAGUCUAUCAACAGUGAAACGGAUGGCACAGUAGAUUCUCUGACAUCUGACCCUGCAGAUUCUGAGAAGGGAGUUAUACAUAACGAUGCAUCUAUUAAUGUUGACGAAGUAUCUGCUGCUUCUGGAAACAUAGCUGAAGAAAAAGGAGUUGAAGUUGAAAGUGGGUCUGGGAGUGUGGAUAAGCCACAUCAGCCAUCAUCUCUCCAUGAAUAUAUUCCUGAUGUUUCCUUGAUUCGUGCAAGGGGAGAUCAGGUAACUGAUGUAGGGGAAAUGCAGGAAGAAGAUGGUUCACACAUGGAGCAGUUUUCUGAAUCACUUGCAAAGGCAGGUGUGGAUAAGAUUGCAACUGAAGAAAGGCAAACAAGCGAUCCAGCAUCUGCUUCCCCUUCACACUUUUCAGAGGGAUCCUCAGUUACACUUGAUUCAGUUCAACUAGAUGGAAUAAGUGGUAAUAUUAGAAGCCAACAGAUCAGGGAAGCUGCAGAGCUUAAUGAAGAGAAACCAGAAACAUCUAUUCAUUUUCCUAUGAACAGAGAUCACGUGCUUUCUGCUGAACCUGAGGAAGGCUCGGUUGCACAUAUGGCUAGUCAGCUGCAAUUGCCUGAGAGCGUCAGUCUAUCUGAAGUUUCGAGCCAUGAGGAACCUCGUAAACUCGACACAUUGAAUCUAUCUGGUGACGUUUCCGUUGCUCAUGUUCACGAAGGCCGCUCAGUCAGCUUCUUACAGCUUGUGGAUAUUGUACGAGGACUUGGACAAGAUGAAUAUCAAAUUUUGUGCAAUGCAAGAGAGGCUGCUUCCAGUAAUGAGCCAGGAACAAGUUCCCUGGAGCGAUUAAGAGAAGAACUAUUUGUUUCGAGUACCAUGGAAGAUAUACUCCAUGUGCAACUCACGGAACAGUCUCAUCUACAAAACGAGUUUGAUCAUCAACAUAACCAACUGGUAGCUGAAAUAUCACAGCUUCGUACAUCAUAUAAUGCGGUGACAGAGAGAAAUGACUUUCUUGUAGAGGAACUAUCAGAGUGCCAGUCUAAACUAUAUGCUGCCACAAGGUCAAAUGAGAAGCUUGAAAAUCAGCUUCUUGCUACAGAAGCACAAGUGGAGGAUUUCACUACUAAGAUGAAUGAAUUGCAGCUUAGCCUAGAAAAGUCCGUGUUGGAUCUAUCUGAGGCGAAAGAAAAGUUCAUCAAUCUUCAGGUGGAGAAUGAUACGUUGGUUGCAGCCAUUUCUUCCGUGAAUGAUGAGAAAAAGGAACUUCUUGAAGAAAAAAAAUCCAAGAACUAUGAGAUUGAGCAUCUUUCGUCUGAGUUAAACAAUUGCAAGAACGUGGCGGCCAUACUAAAGGCAGAAGUUGAGCAAUUGGAAAAUACUAUUGGUCCACUGAAAGAUGAGAAGAUGAAUCUUAUGGAUGAUAAAUAUAGUUUAUUGGGUGAGGCAGAAAAGUUACAGGAAGAAUUGGCAAAUUGUAAGACGUUGGCCACCCUGCAAGAGGUGGAAAAUUUAAACAUAAAGGAGACGCUUUCUUUAUUGACAGGCCAGCAGACUAAGUUUGAUGAGAACAACCUACGUCUCAGGGAAGAAAAUGAGAAAGCACAUCUAGAACUGAGUGCACAUCUGAUCUCGGAGACUUAUUUAUUGUCCGAGUAUUCCAAUCUAAAAGAAGGAUAUUCUUUGUUGAAUAAUAAACUCUUGAAGUUUCAAGGGGAAAAGGAACAUUUGGUUGAGGAAAAUGAUAAACUUACGCAUGAACUUCUUACUCUUCAAGAGCGUACGUCAACUGUACAAAAAGAGCGGACUCAUCUAGAAGUUGAGUUAAAAGAAGCAAUAGCGCGCCUCGAUAAAUUGGCUGAAGAAAAUACAUCUCUUACUAGCAGCAUUAUGGUAGAAAAAGCUAGAAUGGUAGACAUUGGUAACGAGGAUGCAUCAGGAUUGAUCAAUCAGGAAAUUUCUGAGAAACUUGAGAAAAGUUCAGAAGUCGGGGUUAGUAAACAGACCGCAUCAUUCCUUGAAAAUGCGCUAUAUACAAAUUUGGAAGAGGUGAUGGAAGAGACGUCUGAGUUUUCUGCCUUGAAGAAGAAUCUGGAUAAGGGGGAGAAAAUGGUUCAGAACCUUGAAGAGGCAAUUAAGCAGAUCCUUGCUGAUUCUUCAAUGAGUAAAUCUAGGGAUAAGGGUGCUACACCAGCAGUAUCAAAACUGAUUCAAGCUUUUGAGUCAAAGCAGAAACCAGAAGAACAGGAAUCGGAAAAAGCACAGUUAACUGAUGAUCUAUCAGAAGGAGAUCAAUUUGUAUCUGUGAAUGUGCAGAUUAGAAGUUUGAGAGGCUUGCUUGCUCAGUUACUCUUGAAUGCUAAGGAGGCUGGUAUACAAUUCAACCAGUUAAGUGAUGACAGGACAUCGACAAAUCAAAGACUCAAGGAGUUAAAUGUUGAGUUCGCAUCUCAGCAGGAUCACAUUGAUGUUCUGGAGGCAGAUAGUAUUGAGAGUAAAAUUUCAUUUGAAGCUCUGAAGCAUUAUUCAUAUGAGCUGCAACAUAGAAACCAUGAACUUGAACUUCUUUGUGAAUCAUUAAAGCUAAGAAAUGGUAGUAUCGGUGUAGAAAACACGGAGCUCAAUAAGAAGCUGAGUUCUUGCUUACUGAGAAUCGAUGAGCUUGAAAUUCAGCUGGAAAACUUACAGCAGACUUUAAGUAGCUUUUUGUCCUCAAUGGAAGAACAGUUAGUGGCCUUGCAGGAUGAAUCUGAGAGGGCAAUGAUGCUAGAACAUGAAUUGACAUCAUUGAUGUCUGAAUUUGGUGAAGCAGUUGUGAGGCUGGAUGAUUGUCUACUCAGAUCUGGCACUUCUGUAGCUUCUGUUGGCUUAGAUAUGAGCAAGCGCAUAUCUGGUUCUGUUGAUAUGGCUGUAAAGAUGAUUGACGAUCUGGAGGCAAAACUUGAAGCUGCUUAUGCGAAGCAUGAGUCCACCUCAAACCAAUAUGAGGAAUUGAAGCAGAGUUUCAGUACUCUGUUUGAGAAGAAUGAAUUUGCAGCUUCUUCAAUGCAGAAGAUCUAUGCUGAUUUGACAAAAUUGAUUACUGAAUCAUGUGGGUCAGAGGAAAUAGCCAAUCUUGAAGUUGAAAAUGUAGCUGUCUCUGAUCCUUUUAAGGAUGGUAGUUUUGAGAAUCUGAUGGAGGCUGUGCGAAAUAUUCUUUCUGAGAGGCUUGAACUUCGGUCUGUGAUUGAUAAGCUAAAGUCGGACUUGUCGAGUAAAUCAAACGAUAUGGAGGAACUGGCGCAGCAAAGCCUUCAUUCCACUUCACUUCGAGAGUUAGUUGGGAAGGUUGAGGGUGUUCUGGAACUUGAAAGUGGAAUUAGUUCUGAAUCUCCUAGUUCACAUGUGGAGUUUCUUGUUUCCCAACUUGUUCAGAAGUUUAUAGAGACUGAGGAAUUGGCUCAUCUCCUCAGAAAACAGUUAGAGGCUAAGGAGAAUGAGUUGAUGGAGAUCCAGGAGAGUUUACUGCAUCAUAAAUCGGAAAUAGGUGGUCUCAGGGAAAAUUUAACCCACGCAGAGGAGUCGCUUGUGGCUGUACAAUCUGAGUUACAAGAUAAAUCUAAUGAAUGUGAACAAUCAGAGCAGAGGUUAUUAUCGACUAGAGAGAAGCUUAGCAUAGCUGUUGCUAAAGGAAAAGGUUUGAUUGUUCAGCGUGACAAUGUCAAGCAGUCAUUGGCCGAAACCUCUGCUAAACUACAGAAGUGCUCAGAGGAAUUGAAUUUGAAGGACUCAAGGCUUCUGGAAGUUGAAGCAAAACUUAAGACCUAUACGGAGGCAGGUGAACGCGUGGAAGCAUUAGAAUCUGAGCUUUCAUACAUCCGAAACUCAGCUACUGCACUGCGGGAAUCUUUUCUUCUCAAAGACUCUCUGCUUCACAGAAUUGAAGAAAUUUUGGAAGAUUUGGAUCUCCCAGAGCAUUUUCAUGCUCGAGAUAUAUUGGAAAAGGUGGAGUGGUUAGCAAGAUCAGCCAACGGCAACUCUUUGCGUCCCUCUGAUUGGGAUCAGAAGAGUUCUGAUGGCGGUGCGGGAUUUGCUAUCUCGGAGCCCUGGCGGGAGGAUGUACAAACUGGCACAAGUUCUGAGGAUGACUUAAGGAUCAAGUUUGAGGAGCUAAAAGGGAAGUUUUAUGGAUUGGCUGAACAGAAUGAAAUGCUCGAGCAGUCCUUGAUGGAAAGGAAUACCUUGGUACAGAAAUGGGAAAAACUCCUCGAGAAUAUUGAUAUGCCUCCACAGCUACAGUCCAUGGAAGUGGAAAACAAGAUUGAAUGGCUUGUCGAGGCAAAUCUUCAGUCGUGUGUUAAUGAGAGGGUGAAUCUUUCUGAAAGACUGGAAAGUUUGAAUGGUGAUCAUGAGAGUCUUACUGGGAGGGCCAGUCACCUUGAAGUUGAGAAUGAGAAACUGCAGAAUCAAGUGAAUGAUUUGCAUGGAAAACUAGUUGAGAAACUUGGGAAUGAAGAACAUCUUCAGACUAUUGAAGGAGAGCUAUUGAAUUUGAGGUACGUGAUUAAUGAUGUUAUCCAGGAAGAUGGCUUGCAGAAUUUGGCUUUGGCAAGUAAUUCUGAGAGUUUGGAUGGACUGCUGAGACAGCUGAUAGACUAUUAUAAGAAUAUGUUAAAAGCUGAAAGAGAUGACAAAGUCUGUGAAACUCGUCCAUCAUAUGCUGAUGUUAGAAGUGGAGAGUCAUUGGGUUUAGAUGAAACAACUUCUGAUGGGCGCCAUCCUGAAUUGAUCGUUGAAGCAACAAGUAGAGACAUAACCGUAGUAGAGACACCUGAUGUAGCUUCCUUAACAAAAGAUCUGGAUGAAGCACUGCAUGUUCAAAAGCUGACAAGGGAAGAAAGAGAUUCAUACAUGGCACAACAACAAUCCUUGGUUGCUGAAAAUGAGGCACUUGAUAGGAAAAUAUUAGAAUUGCAGGAGUUUCUUAAAGAAGAAGAGCAGAGAUCAGCCUCUGCAAGAGAGAAAUUAAAUGUAGCUGUUAGGAAAGGGAAAGCGUUGGUCCAACUAAGGGAUAGCCUGAAGCAAACUAUUGAAGAGUUGAACGCUGAGAUUGGUUGCCUGAAAUCAGAGAUUAUUAACCGAGAUGAAAUACUCUUAGAGAAUGAAAAUAAAGUUAGGGAGUUGGAAUCUUACACUGUAAGGGUAGAAGCCCUAGAGUCUGAGUGCCAAUUGUUGAAAAGUCAUUUGGAAGAAAAAGAAAAUUUACUGCGGGAACGAAGUGGUACAUUGAGCAUGACGUUGAAUGUGUUGAAUAGCAUUGAUAUUGGUGAUGAAGGUGACAGAAAUGAUCCAGUUCUGAAGCUUCAACGUAUCUCACAACUGUUUCAAAAUAUGAGUACAGCCAUGUCUUCUGCUGAGCAGGAGUCGAGAAAAUCCAGAAGAGCAGCUGAGUUGCUACUUGCCGAGUUGAACGAGGUUCAGGAGAGAAACGAUAGUCUGCAAGAGGAGCUAUCAAAAUGUACAGAUGAAAUCCAGCAACUUUCCAAAGAGAAGGACGCAGCAGAGGCUGAAAAAUUACAUUUUGAAAACUUAUCAGCAGUCAACAGUGAAGAAAAGAAGAAGCUUUAUGGUCAACUGCUGUCCUUCGGAACUAGUGUGAACUCUCUAAAGAAAAUACUCGCAGGUACCAGCAGUUGCCUAGCUGAUAUUUUCACUAUGGAUAUGGAGUUUCUGCAUCAUCUGAAGGCAAAUAUAGAAUCAUGUGCGAAGCAAACUGGUACUAAUUUGUCUGGCUGGCCGCAGCUCGGUUCUGGGAAUUUCGUAGAAAAGGAAUUCUUUUCACGCUUGAGUGCUGCUUGGUCGAACAACAACUUGCAUGAGAUUUCAAGUGGUGGAAACAUUACCGAAAUUUGUGGUUCUCUCUCACAAAACCUUGAUCAGUUUGUGGAUGAUGUUAGCCAUCUUGAAGAGAAUGUAAGCAAGCACUUGACAUCAUGGCACGACCAGAUUAAUAUUGUAUGCAACAGUCUGGACACCGUUUUUAAGUCAAUCGGAAAAGGAACGGAGUCAGAAAUUGCUGCUCUGGGUGAAAGAGUUGCCUUGCUUCAUAAAGCAUGUUCUAGUGUGUUGAUGGAAAUUGAAAACCGUAAAGCCGAACUUGUUGGAAAUGACAAUUUCAAUAUGGGUCUCCAUCAAGUAGAUGAGGAUUCGUCCAUGGAAUCUGUCAGGUCCAUGGUAAAUAGGCUAUCGUCAGCUGUUAAGGAGCUUGUUGUAGUAAAUGCUGAGGCUGUGGAGAGAAAUGAAAAGGAGAUGAAGGUAAUCAUCACCAAUUUGCAAAGGGAGUUACACGAAAAGGACAUCCAAAAUGAUAGGAUGUGCAAUGAACUUGUGGGUCAAGUUAAGGAAGCCCAGGCUGGUGCUAAAAUUUUUGCAGAAGAUCUUCAAUCUACCAGUGCCCGGAUGCGUGAUAUGCAAGACCAGCUGGGCAUUUUGGUUCAGGAACGGGAUUCUAUGAAGGAGAGAGUUAAAGAGCUGCAAGCAGGGCAGACAUCACACUCAGAAUUACAGGAGAAGGUCACAUCGCUUAGUGAUGUGCUAACUGCAAAAGACCAAGAAAUUGAGGCAUUAAUGCAAGCGCUUGACGAGGAAGAGUCUCAGAUGGAGGAUCUAAAACACAGGGUUACAGAAUUAGAACAGGAAGUGCAACAGAAGAACUUAGAUUUGCAGAAAGCUGAAGCUUCUCGUGGGAAGAUUUCCAAAAAGCUAUCAAUUACUGUGGAUAAAUUCGAUGAGCUCCACCAUCUCUCUGAAAAUCUUCUCGUUGAAAUCGAGAAACUUCAACAGCAAGUGCAAGAUCGAGAUACCGAGGUUUCUUUCUUAAGACAAGAAGUCACUAGGUGCACCAAUGAAGCUCUUGCUGCUUCUCAGAUGGACAUUAAGAGAGAUUCAGAAGAUAUCCAAACUGUACUUUCUUGGUUUGACACGAUAGCUUUGCUACUUGGUCUAGAAGAUUCACCUUCCACUGAUGCGCAGAGUCACAUAAACCACUACAUGGAGACACUUGAGAAAAGGAUUGCAUCUAUACUAUCUGAAGUAGACGAAUUACGGUUAGUUGGACAAAGCAAGGACGCAUUGCUUGAGGCUGAGAGGAGUAGAGUGGCUGAGCUCAGACAGAAAGAAGCAACUCUUGAAAAAUUCUUACAUGAGAAAGAAUCCCAACCAAACAUGUCAACAAGCCCGACGUCAGAGAUUGUUGAAGUGGAACCUCUGAUAAACAAGUGGACGAAAACACCGGUCCCAUCUCAAGUCCGGAGUUUGCGUAAAGGGAACAACGACCAAGUGGCCAUUAGUAUAGAUGCAGAUCAAGCUGAUCAAAGUGGUAGCUUAGAAGAAGAUGAUGAUAAAGCUCAUGGUUUCAGAUCAAUGUCUACUUCGAGAAUCAUCCCUAGAUUCACAAGACCCCUCACAAACAUGGUCGAUGGUUUAUGGGUCUCUUGUGAUCGGACGCUCAUGAGACAACCAGCCUUACGGUUAGGGAUCAUGAUUUACUGGGCGAUAUUGCAUGCUCUAUUGGCUGCUUUCGUCGUCUAACCAAAACUUCCAAUUUCCUGGAUUGUCGGUAUACUCAAAAUGGUGUGUUGUCUUCACUAUAUGUUUUUGUUUAUUGUCCUUUAUUCAUUGAUUAGCUUUUUGAUUAACCAAGCAAAUUGUGGUUUCGCCAUUUUUAUUGAUCCGAAUCGCAAGCUGCUUGGCUUUUACAAACGAAUAAGAAAGAUCGUAGUUAGCUGUUGGAAAAGAUUAUAGAGUAGAAGUGCUAUUUCUAUUUACAUU